CCACUUCUCUAGCUAUGUAUGGUGUUAUUGAGCACAUAUAUAACCCUUCGUGCUGUCCCAGCUCUCAAAUGCACAUAGAAAGAGAGAGAGAAGAUGGCAGCAUAUCAAGUUGUGAUUCUUCCAGUUUUAUUGAUCUUGAUUCUGAUUUCAUCAGCCAUAAAAAUCUCCGAAUCUGCAAGAACAUUCACUAUAAUAAACGAUUGCAAAGAGACAAUAUGGCCUGCUGUCACCCCCGGAGGGAAUUUCAAUGGUGGCGGGUUUGUUCUAAAACAAGGCCAAUCUGUCGUCUACACGGCUCCGGUCGGUUGGAGCGGGCGAAUAUGGGGCCGAACGGGCUGCAACUUUGACAGAAACGGCAACGGAACAUGCCAAACCGGUAGCUGUGGCACAUCCCUCAAGUGUGGAGCCUCCGGCAAAACCCCGGCCACACUUGCAGAAUUUACCCUCACAGGAACUGAUUUUUACGAUGUUAGUCUGGUGGAUGGGUUCAAUUUGCCAUUAGUCGUUACACCUAUUAAUGGUAGGGGAAAUUGUAGCAUUGCUGGAUGUGACGGAGAUUUGAGGACCGAAUGCCCAGCCGAGCUUGCCGUUAGAGCCAACGGGAAGAUCAUCGGAUGUCGAAGUGCAUGCGACGUGUUCGACACCGACGAGUACUGUUGCAGAGGGAUUUAUGGAAAUUCGGUGACAUGUCAAGCUACAUAUUACUCGAAAAAAUUCAAGCAAGCAUGCCCGGGUGCAUAUAGUUAUGCGUAUGAUGAUCCCACCAGCAUUUUUACUUGCUCGGGGACGGACUAUGUGGUCACAUUUUGCUCAACAAGGGGACAACCUGUAUGCACAUAUCACAACAACAAACUCGUCUGCAGCGGAUCAAGGGGUUUAAAAUUGUCAAUCGGAAGGUGGUGGACUAUGAUCUUCAUAUUGAGUGUAGCAAGUUUUUUUCCUCUUUUGUGAAAAAGUUAUAGGCUUACCAUUUUAAUUUAAGAGCAUACACAAUUCCCCUGAAAUA